AUGUUCAUCAUCAAGGCGACGCUCAAGGAUGAGACUCGCCGUCUCUCCUUUGACAGCACCAAAUUUCCUCAAUACGCAGAGAUCCAGCAAAAGAUCUGCACAGCCUUCAACCUUCCAUCCACCACCCACACCUUCUGGGUGAACGUCCUGCUCUUCCCGGACGAGACGGUUGAUGCCAAGAUCAUGUUCAAGAAGCAUAUCUGCGAUGCCACCGAGUACGAAGCUGCGCAGUCGACGUUCCGUCGGAACGCGUUCCACGCCCCCGCUUUGGCGUUCUCGGUCCUCCUUUCGUCCGACCCCCGCCUGGAUAUCAUCCACAAGUAUCACCGGGCCGAGAUGCUCACUCGGUCGGCUGCCGACCUCCAACGCAACACGGCGUCGUACGAGGACCUCCUCACUCAGCGCCAAUCCCUCCUCGCUUCCCUCGAGGCCAAACUCGCCACCUGCCAAAAGGAGAACGACCAGCUCGGCGUUGCCUUUUGGGGCGACCGCGUCGAGGACAAGCGCGGUAUGGUCAAGACCCUCCAGGCGAUGGUCUCGGCGGGUCGGGCCGAGCUGAGCGUGCUCAACGAGGAGCUUCAAGGCGAGGUCACACCGGGAGAAUCGCUCCGGGCUCACGCCGAGUCCGAGGACAAGGAGGAGCAGGCGCGGACCCAGCAGUCCCAGGCUGAGCUCGCCGCUUGGGUCGCUGGGUCCGAGGACAACAAGCACUUUCCCCCUUUGGAGUCGGUGCUCAGCCGCCCACCCCCACCCUGGGCACAACACCGGCAGCACCGGAACGACGCGCUCAAGCACAUCGUCGGCAAGGUCUCGGAGGUUAUUCAGAAACAAUCCCUCGUCCCCGCACAGGAGAUCAAGUCGAUGUUGGAUGGGUUCUUGCAGAACCUCUCCAACCAGCUCCAGACCACCUUUGACGGUCCGCCCGUCACCCGGGACGAGCCGUCGGUUCCGGGCGCAUACACCGAGUCUGCCCCCGUCAAGCCCGCGUCCGCCCUAGGCAAAGGCGGCUACCGUCACAAGCACAUCUCGUGCGACGGCUGCCUCACCGGUAUCCGCGGGAUGCGGUACAAGUGCGAGAACUGCCCAGACUAUGAUCUAUGCGGUUCUUGCCUCCCCCUCCUCCACACCGGCGAUCUCCACCCCGCCCACCAUACCUUCAAGGCGAUGCUCCACCGCGGUCUCGAGGAUCGCGUCAAGGUCACGGCGGACGCGGACGCGCACCACCCGGCCACGUGCGACCUCUGCUCCACCGGGAUCAUUGGUGUCCGGUGGAAAUGCCUCAACUGCCCCGACUGGGACUGCUGCCAGUCAUGCUCGGCCAGCCUCGGCGAGACCCACCCCGGUCACUCAUUCGGCCAGUUCCACAAGGCGUCGGACCACAUUCGGGUCGCCACCGCCUCGCCGGCCGUCCACAAGAAUAUCAUCUGUGACGGGUGCGAAAAGCUCGUCGUUGGCAUUCGGUACAAGUGCAUGCACCCCGACUGCCCAGACUUUGAUCUGUGCGAAAAGUGCGAGAGCAUGCCGUUUGGGUCGCACCCCGAUACCCACGCGAUGCUCAAGAUCAAGACGCCGACGGUGGUGGAUGCGAAGAGUAGCCUUGGGGCCAGGAUGAGCUCGGACCAGGCUAGGGCGCACCGCGCGAACCGGCUGGAGAAGAGGGCGCAGGAGGAGAAGCGGGUGCAAGAGGCGGCAGAGACGGACAAGAAGCUGGCCGAGAUUUCUGCGAGGCUCAAGGAGAAGCGCAGGCAGAAGAUGGAGGAGGCGAAAAAGGCGGAGGAGGCCAAGGCGGAGGAGGCCAAGGCGGAGGCUAAGAAGGACAAGCCAGAGGAGAAGGUGGCGAGUUUGGCGGAAAUCAUUGCGGCGCUCAACCUCGCCAAGGUGCAGGUCACCAAGGAUGCGGUCGCGGCGGUCAUGCUGGCCAAGGAGCAGGCUACCAACAAGGUAUUGGGGGAUGUGGAGGGGCUCAAGCGGAUGGUCGAGAAGAAGGCGAGGGAGUUUGUGCCGGCUCCGGCAGUGCCGACGCCCGCCUCGGAAUCGGACAACACCCCUACCCCGCCCACCAAGGAACCCGUCUCGCACCUCGACCUCUGCUCGUGGGUCCGGCACGUCACCAUCGCCCCCGGCUGCGUCCUUCCCGUCGGCGCAGAGUUCACCAAGACGUGGAAGAUCAAGCACUUUGCCGACGGGUCAGAGUUCACCUUUGACAAGCUCGUGCUGUUGCACCAGUCGGUCGAUGGGAAGCUCCAGGGAGCGGUCAAGCCGUCGGUCGAGAUCAAGCGGGAGGACAUCAAGGAGGGAGCCGAGAUGGAGAUUAGCCUGGAGGGGUUGAUUGUGCCGGACGUCGAGGGGGAGGUGGUCGAGUACUGGCAGUUCUUUGAUGAGCGUGGAGUGGUCUAUGGCCAGCCACUCCGGCUCAGGUGA